UCGACUACGUGUCCGGACGAUUGGUUAGCAUAAUGAUUGCAUUAUUGUGUAUGCUGAUCGCCUUUGGUUUAUGUCAUGGCAAUGGUCUUCCACAUACAAACAAAUCAAGAAUCGAAGUUCAAAACUUGAGUAAUCAAACGAUCAACGAAGUGGAACAAUUGAUUCGUCAGAAUUCGACUUUGUCGCAUCUCACUAGACGUGAGAUCGUCGAUAUUCUUUUAAAUAUUACAUCGCCCAAAGAUACAGAGGCACUCAAGAAUAAGGAAACAAUCGAGAAAGCAAGAAAGAUUUAUGAAAGGGCGUUGAUGGGUUUACCGUACAAUGCAAAAGACGCAAAGGAAAAUAUUAAAGAUUUAUAUACGAAACCGCCAAUAGUUAAAAUAAUCGCAGACUCUUUUUCUUCUAAUUCGGAAGAUUUCAAAGUGUCGAAAACCGAAGAACAAUCCGAUGCAUCCUCCACGCAGGAAAUACAAUCUUUUGAAAAUUUAAUAGCGACACAAGUCUCGGAGAGAGAAGAUUUCUUCCCGAAAAUACGAUAUAAAAAUCACAGAGAGACGGAUAAAUUUUCGGAAAUGCCAUUGAUGAAGGAAACCCCGAAACUUGAAUCGGCCCCAGUGAAAUUUAGUCUCAAUUUCGAUAAUUUGCAAAAGCAACAGGCAAUCAGCGAGACACCCAUAAUUACUACUACUAGACAACCAGUAUUUCGGGAAGAAUCUUCAUCAAUUAGGAAUAAAGAGGUCCACAUAGUGUACAGUACAAGUGCUCACACAAACCUAAAACACGUUCGCACAACAACGAUGCAACCUACAAGGACGAGUUCUAAGGAAGAUGCUUCGACAAGCGAUUUAAUAGAGUUACAAACAUCUCGUCCUUUCAAGUACAAGGAAAAUGUUUUAUCUGUUGACCAAUGGCGUUACAACGCACCAAGUGUGACCGAAAGUUCGACACCGGCGAAAACAUCCGCUUUAGAUGACAUACAAAUGACGGAUACCAAGCAAUCACACACACACACAACAUUAAUACCUUUCCUUUCUUCUUCUCUCUCUUCUGCAGAAAAUUUGAAAUACAAUUCCACUUAUAGCUUGAAUUCUGGAGGAUUUCUCUCUCGUACAAUCACAACAACUACGAUGCGACCAGAAGUGAUGGAAUUGCUUGCCUCGAUUGGACUUCGACCGGAAAAUUCUACGAAUGUGGAGGAAGUAUUUAGAAAAAACCAAUCAUUGAAAAGCAAAUCCGAGAUUCCCAAUAGCAACGGCUUGGUUUAUACGCCAAUUUCCGGUCUGACGGGUGUUGGAUCCGAUUCAUCUUCGAUAACUGCUCAAAAUACUUUUGAAAAUCCCGUCCUCGAGAUUGGAAAAGGAAUGAACAAUCUUACGCCGGAUGUACAGUUACUUUUUCAACGAUUUGGUCUGCAAAAUCCAUCCAAUCUGGUAACAACUACAACGUCUUCGCCUAGAACAACCAUGAACACAAAUUCCUAUACCAAUUUCAAGCCAUUACCGACAUCUAAGAUAAAAAAUGAGGAUAUGAAAGAGUUUUUAGCAAAGUUCGGUCUUGGCAUUGGUGAUACUAGGCAGAAAAAGGCUAUGUCGGCGCCGAGAACGACAGAACGGCCAUCGUUAAUUGAGGUUGUGCCGGAUAAUAUGCGGAAAAUUUUGGAGAACAUAGGUCUUAUUUCUCCCAAGGUGUCGAAAACAACACCGAAAAUGGAGGCUAUAGAACCAAAAGACUCAACCAAGUUUCAUGUGUUUAAACCUCAUGAAGUCGAAGUGAAAGACGAGAGGCAAAGGAUGAGGAUCAACGAGCUAUUGGAUACUAUUAACAGAUUUGUUCAAGAGGGAAAGGCAAAUUCGAAGGAUGUGCAAAGGAUAGCCGAUGAUCUACUCGUAAACACAAAAACUUUAAAGAAUGGUCCAGAUCCAUUAUAUUUAGAAGAGCUUAUUAGGAUCAAUAAUGAGGACAUAAAGAAUGAAGUGAAAAGACAAAACCCCAAAGAAACUACUAAUAAGACAAUCAAUAUUGGCGAUGAAGAUCUCACGAAGACGACAACCACCGGUAUAAAAAGAUUUAUGAUAUCCGUUUUGGGCAUAUCGGAAUCUUGGGUAAAACAACUUAUUCAGGGUCUGACAAGGAUCAGGCGCAUGCUAAUCAAUAUAGAGGAUACGUUUAGGCGAUCUUUCGAUUAA